GUGCCAAUUAGUACGUACAACAUUGUUUUGUGAACCACAUAGAAAAACAUUUUUAGUUAUGGAGAAGGGAAUUGGAGUACUGGAAACUACAAGAUCUUGCAAGCAGCUUAUAGGAGGAGCUGAUGAGGAAUUAGAAGGCAACGAUAGUGUCUUACGCAUUGUGGAGACCCUCUUGCGUUUGCUUCCAAUUGGUCUUUGUGUAAUAGCUCUUGUCAUUAUGCUUAAGAACUCUCAGGAAAAUGAGUAUGGAUCUAUUUCAUACACUGACGUUGGUGCUUUCAGGUAUUUGGUGCAUGCAAAUGGCAUAUGUGCUGGAUACUCAUUAUUUUCAGCAGUCAUUGUUGCUUUGCCCCGUCCUUCCACCAUGCCUCGUGCUUGGACUUUGUUUUUCCUUGAUCAGGUGCUAACAUACAUAAUUCUGGGUGCUGGAGUUGCGUCAGGGGAGUUAUUGUACCUGGCAGAGAAGGGAGACGCCCCAAUAACAUGGAGCUCAGCUUGUGGUUCUUUUGGUCCAUUUUGUCACAAGGUCAUUGCAUCAACAUCAAUAACAUUUGUUGCAGUUCUUUGCUAUGUCUUGCUUUCGCUCAUUUCCUCCUACAAGCUAUUCAGUAAGUAUGAUGCGCCAGCGAGCAAUAAGGGUACUGAUGGUGCUGCUUUCAACGGCUGAUCCAAAACCUUGAAUUGUCAUAUGUAAUUUGUGUUUCUAGAGAGGAUCAUAACAUUCUGCUAUGUGUACCAUUUUGAUUUAGGCAGGACUCAUAGGACAUGCUCGUGGUUGACUUAAACUUUAUUAUAUUAUUGAUGCUACAAAAUAAAAAGGCACGCCCCUGCUUGCUCUUGAAGUGUCCCAAUUGCAAUUAUCUAUAUUCUUUUUCCCCGAGAAAACAAAAUUCUCCAUCAUGUGCAUCAUCAUUGAUAAUUACUCAAUAUCAACAAUUUUGGCCUUCUCAUUGUG